AUGCCUAGAAAAAUGAAAAUUCCUAUUAACACAAUAGCUGACAUUGUUAAAAAGUACUUAGGAACUAUAUUCAAGGAAAAUUGCGUUAUUGUUGGACCAAGUCAUUUCAUUUGGACAACUAUAAAAAAUGAUUUAAAGAACGAAAUCUCAGAAAAAUCUUUGUACACCUUAGUCAAAUGUAACAGGAAUAACUUUUUAAGUUUAUUGUGUAUAGAAUCAAGUCAAAAAGCCGAAGUUUCCAAAGAUAUUAAUUCUGAUUUUCAUGAAAAUUCCGAUUCCCAUGAAGAUUUUGAUAGUGAUGACUUUCUGGAUAGAACUGAAAAAGAAAUUAAAUUCAAUAUAACUCUUAGUGCCGAGGAAUGGAAUAGUUUGGUAACAGGUGAUGUAAUGUAUAAACGUAAGCAUUUUUUAUCAAGAACUUAUAGUAUAUUAAAACCAGGCAUUUGGGCAGAUAUAAUGCAUAGUCAUUUUUGGGAACAAACCAAAUUUUCUUGUUCUGUGUCUUAUAAGCGAGCUAAAAUUUACCAGGAUGGAACUAAUUACUGCGAGUUCUUUGCAGCGUGUACAACAUGUGAGAGUAAGCUGUAUGGAGUUUUAGAUAAUAAACCAUCCAUUAAUUUUCGUGCUGUGUUCCGCUGUACUUAUCGAGGGUGUUUUAAUGAAUGUGUCGUUGAAAAAAAAAAAUACAUGUCAUCACGGCAAAAAAAAUAUUUUCUUGAUAAAAUUGUAGGUGGUAAAAUGUCUGCUUCAGCAGCUAGAAGACUUGAAGCUAAUAAAAUAAUGAAUUUUGGUGAUAAGGAACCAAGUCAUUUACCAACUAGUAAUGCCUUACGUAUCGCUAAGUGUAGAGAACUAAAACAAGGCAGAGAAGAUAAUGACCCUGUAUUAGCAAUCUGUAAAAUGAAAAAUAUAAAUCCUUAUAUAAAUAUUAUUAAGGAUAUUGGAUAUGACAGGUUUUUUGUACAUUACUGGAGUGCAACUGAAUUGAACGUUUAUAGGAAAUAUGUAAAAUACAAUAAAUGUCCUACUAUAUGUAUCGACGCUACCGGUAGCUUAGUAAAAAAACCGUUAUUACUCUCUAAUCGAAAUACAAAACACAUACUGCUGUAUGAAAUUGCUAUUCAUGAUAAGCAGCUAGCAUCACAAUAUUCAGUUUCUCAUAUGCUGUCUGAAAAGCAUGACAAUAAUUCGAUUCACCAUUGGUUAGAAGAGUGGAUUCGAGAUAGAGCCCCAAAGCCGAAACAAGUAGUAACCGAUAUGUCAUUAGCUUUGAUGGCAGCAGUUGUUAAAGCUUUUACUCAGUUUAAUACGAUAUUGUCUUACAUUGAAGGAUGUUUUAAUUGUCUAUGUAAAAAUGAUUUAGAUUUACCACAAUGCUUUGUUCGCAGUGAUGUUGCUCAUGUAAUUAAACUUAUUACAAAUUGGUCAGCAUUUCGUUUAACAGAUAUAAGAGUAAAAGAUUUUAUUGUACGAUCGAUUGGUCAAAUUAUAUUAUGUGAGGAUUUUUAUGACGUUAAAAACAUACUUAAGCAUUUAUUUUGGCUAAUUUAUAGUAAAACAGAUGGUACUUUAAACAAUGGUCAAAAUACUUACGCUGCGCAGGGUAUAGACUUUUUACGUAAGAGGAUUGCAACUGGUACCAUAGAUCAAUAUUCAACAGCCAGCUCUGCGCAUGUUAAUAUGACGGACGAUGAUGACUCAGAAUAUGAGUUUACUUCAGACAAAAAUACAAAUCAUAACGCAAAUUGUACAUCCAACCACAAAAAAGGUCCAUUUUAUGAGGCUGUAAAAGAAAUAGCAUUGAAGUGUGAACAACAAGUUGAAUUUGAAAUGGGAAAUCACGACAACCUCUACUACUUACCAAAUAUUAUAUCAGAUAUACUGAAUUUGUGUACCUAUUUACCAUCGUGGUCUGGAAUAAUGUGUAAGACUUUUAAAUAUGGAGACAAUCCCCCAUCGAGUGCAGCAAUCGAAAGUCAAUUUAAUGAUUUAAAAAAUAGGGUAUUCAAGCAUGUCAAUUCUAUGCCUAUGAGGGUGGAUGAUUUUUUAAAGACUCAUAUUGAAUCACUUAAUGGCACUAUGAAAUUAGUGAAUGCCAAAAUGAUCUCUCAACAAUCGAAAAAUGACCAAAUUAAUACUAAAGAAAAAUCUCCAAUAAUUUACAGGAAGUCAUCAGAUCACAGCAUAAUAUCAAAUAAUGAUAGAUCUCCAAUUUAUAAUGAGUUGGCACUAGACGAUCCACCAUACCAAUUCACUGUUCACGAAAACAAUUAUCAAUUAAAAAAAAUAACAGAAGAUAUUUGGUGUGUAACAACGAACUCAGAUGAUUUGAUUCAGAACAAUUUGGAAAUUGCAAUUACCAAUGAAAAUAAGCAAGCUGAGGGUAAUGGGUCAUCAAUAAGUGUAGCAUCAUGUCUCAUCAAAAGACAUGGAAGAUGA